GACCUCGGUGACACGCAUCUACACACAUCUACGCACACACACACGGACGCACGCUCCCUCGGUGGCACCUUCGCCGCAGUGCUCGCGGCGGACAUGUGCACGCGCCCGUGAGCGAGCGAGUCCCCGUGAACACGGAGGAAUGGAAUGGCGGAGGGGACUUAGUUUCGGCCAACACUGACUGACCAUUGGACGGGGCAACAGCGCAGGAGGAGGAGGGAAGAACCGGGAGUACCGUGGGUUUACCUCACCCCCAAGCGUCUCGGCGCACCGGGGACGAUCCCCUUUUCCUGGGGAGCGGAUGGACGGAGCUGUAUAGACUAGUGGGCCCGCCGUCGGACCUGCGGCCGGACCGGACACGACACAGGAGACCUGGACACAGAGGAGAACCAUCUGAAGGGCGCGAUGCUGCAGGCCUCCGCCGUCGUCGUGUGGGAGUGGAUGAACGAGCACGGCCGAUGGAGGCCUUACAGCCCCGCCGUGUCGCACCACAUCGAGGCGGCGGUGCGCAGCGACCCGCGCGGCGGCAGCGUGGUGCUCGGGCACGUGGACAGCCGCCUGUCGCCCUACAUCAUCGACCUGCACUCCAUGCACCAGUUCCGCCAGGACACCGGCACCCUGCGGCCAGUGCGGCGCAGCUUCUACGAGCCGACGUCGGCGCCGGCGCAGGGCUGGGUGUGGGAGUGGGAGAAUGACGCUGGCUCCUGGACGCCCUAUGACACGGAGGUGGGCAUCACCAUCCAGGCGGCGCGGGACCGCCAACAGCCUUGGCUCGACCUGGCUCCGCUCGGCUUCUGCUACCUCAUCGACUUCCAGACCAUGACGCAGAUCAACCGGCAGACGCAGCGGCGGCGCCGCAUCCAGAGGCGUUCAGACCUGGCGUACCCGUUGGUGUCGGGGCCGCUGCCCAAGGCCUGGGGGUCCAGCACCGGGGGAGCCGGCGGUGUGAGCGGAGCGCUGCUAGGGGUGGCUGUGAGCGGCGUGGGCAGCAGCGGGAAUGGCAGCGUGAGCAACGUCGGCGCGACCCUGCCCCCGUCCUCCCUCGGCCCCCUGGGCAGGGCGUGCGCGUGCCCGCAGUGCAUGCUGGUCCUGAGCGUGAAGGCCAGUGCCAUGGCUCACACGCUAGGCCGGCGCGUGACGCAAAAGCCCCCUGGUGCCAUGUCGGGUUCCGGGGUUCGUGCCGUCGCCGCCGCCGCCAGCACGUAUUCACAGACCCUGCCCCGCCCCCUCCCCCACCCCCACCCUCAGCCCCAUCCCCAUCCCCGGCCGCUGUCGCCACGCAAAAACUCGGCCGGCCCCUCAUCGGUCCAGUCUGCCACGCUCUCCUUGCCCUCUUCUCGGCCUCCUCCGCCUCCGGUACCCCCGCCAGCGCCCCCUUCAGGCCAGCAGCCGUUGCCGCCCACGCCGGCCCCACCGCCGUCCUCCAGCACCGCCCCUCUGGUGCCCACCGCUACCCUCAUUUCCACAACGACCUCUUCGUCCACGUCCUCCUCAGCAGCUGCCUGCGCUCUGAGCUCCACCUCCUCGCCGGCAGCGUUCGGUGCCCCUGUGCCAACUCGCGCCAGCCUGGUGGGACUGAGCAGACCCGCUCUGCAGCGAAUUGCCCUUGCCCAGUCGCAGGCGCUCAUCGCAUCAGGGGUUCCCACGGUCCCGGUGAAGAACCUGAACAGUUCCAGUCCCGUGCACCCCGCCUUGGCAGGUAUUACAGGGAUCCUGAUGAGUGCUGCGGGGCUCCCUGUGUGUCUAACCCGCCCCCCGAAACUGGUCCUGCACCCACCCCCUGUCAGCAAAAGUGACAUCAAGCCCAUUCCUGGUCUGGGCCACUGCUGCCGCAAGACCACCAAGAAGCAGGUCCGCAAAGGUAAAACUCCGGAGGAGGUGGUGAAGAAGUACCUGCAGAAGGUGCGAAACCCCCCUGAAGAGGACUGUACCAUCUGCAUGGAGCCGCUGGGGGGUCCCUCGGGCUACAAGGGUCCUGGCGUGGCUGGCGUGGCGCGAGCUGAAUCUGUGGGCCGCCUGAGCCGCUGCGGUCACCAGUACCACGUGCAGUGCCUGGUCGCCAUGUACAACAACGGCAACCGUGAUGGCAGCUUGCAGUGCCCCACGUGCAAGACCAUCUACGGCGUGAAGACGGGCAGCCAGCCGCCGGGCAAGAUGGAGUACCACGUGAUCCCGCACUCUCUGCCCGGACACCCCGACUGCCGCACUAUCCGCAUCAUCUAUACCAUCCCGCCUGGCAUCCAGGGUCCUGAACACCCCAAUCCCGGGAAGCCCUUCACGGCGCGAGGAUUCCCUCGCCACUGCUACCUGCCGGACAGCGAGAAGGGCCGCAAGGUGCUGCGGCUGCUGCUGGUGGCCUGGGACCGCAGGCUGCUCUUCUCUGUGGGCACGUCGAGCACCACGGGCGAGUCAGACACAGUCAUCUGGAAUGAGGUUCACCACAAGACGGAGUUCGGCUCCAACCUGACAGGCCACGGCUACCCGGACCCGGGGUACCUGGACAACGUGCUGGAGGAGUUGCGGGCACAGGGCAUCACCGAGGAGGACAGCCUUCCCCAUGACUGAGGGUGUUCCCCAGGCAACACCUCCCCCCCCCACCACCACCACCACCACCACCACCACCACCCCCCCCCCGACCCAUCUCUGUAGCUGGAGGUUCGGGAGCACGGCACAGGGAUGGGGCUGUUUGGUGCAACAGCUUGGCGCAGUGUGGAGCGGAUCGGCACAAACUGACGGAAAGAAGGUUCUCGUCCAAAUCCAGAGCGGGAGUGAAACCACAACUCGGGACCAAGGUUAACGUGAGACAGCUGAGAGACGUGGAGGGGCAGGGAGAGGACGGCAGGUACGAAAGCACAGGUAGAUGUGAGCUGGAGGGACUGAGGGAGAUGGACAGAGAGGCAGUGGAGGGCAAGAAGAGGGAGUCGGGAGUUGGGUUCGAGAGGCUGAGCACUUUCCCGUGUGUUGCUGCCGGUCCAGAGACGACGACGAAGACAUCAGUCAGGCGUCUUUGGCUCCAGGUGCUGCUGAAGGGCAGCGAUUCACUUGCUUCCAUCAUCGCAGCACUUUCAUCCAAUAAAGGCAUUCCAUUUGUUUUAAUAGCUGAACUUAACUUGUAUUGCUGUUAACAUUCAUAAAAGAUUUCCCUUAGUUUGUCUUAUUUUUAAGAUGUAUUUUUGUUUAGGUUUUGUUAAUAUGAGCCAGGUGCGAAUGACGUGAUGCUCAGCGUUACGAGGCGAAGGAGAUGGACGUCCAGACUGUGGAAGAAGAGUCAUUUCCAAAUGAGGCUGGAACGCGGUUCAGCCACAGGGAGAAGCGCUGUGUUUCUUUGUGGCGAAGACACAAGAUUGGACAGGAACUCAGGACCUGGACGGGGGGCAUUGAGUCCAUCGCAGCCCGGCAGGUGGCGCCGUACCUGCUCAGGCAGAGCGCGCAAAAAUCACGUUUUACGCUGGCAGCUCGAAAGAAUGAAUGUUUGCUGUCGGGGUGACCGCCGUCGUCCUCGCGAGGAAGCCGAGGCUUUCGGGUGUCCCUGAGAACAUCCGGCUCGUUCGGACCUCGCUGCGGUCGGCGCGAACGCGGAGCUCAAGACCUGGUUGCGCUGAGCCAUUUCUGCCGGAGGAGAGAAUUCCGGAACGUGUGCCACGUUCAGUGACUCGAACGCUCGCCGCCUGCGGUCACCUGUCCGGUCUGUCCAAGUUGGGUCUGUGAGUGACCCGUUAAUGAAGAUGUACCGCAACCGGUACGUUGUAUUUGUACAUACGUGUGUGGCCAUAUGUUUAUAGUCAGUAUCUGUAUGUAUUUGUGUGUAUGUACACGACCGCAUGAAAACCAUGUUUUUCAGGUACUAGUUACUGACUCGGUUAUGCACGAUGUCUUUUUUUUUUUUUUUUGUUUUUUUUUUUAACUUUUUUUUUUUUUUUUUUAAAUCAGUUAUGAUAAAAUGUUUUAUUGUCCUGCGGUACUUCACAAGUUACUAUUAACAAAUUGUCUCAUUUCAUCUCAUUUUGAGAGCUACAGCAGAAAUGACAAAAGUUGUUUUUGCACUUUGUUUUUCUAUUGUGUAGAGAUUUGCUCUGUGUGUGUGUGUGUGUCUGUGUGUGUGUGAGUGAGAGAGAGAGAAAGUGCGCGCGUCAUUUUGUCGUGAAAGGAUGUUAAAGGUGCCUGUUGGAAAGCUGUUCCUCGACAACAGUGGCCACAACGGUGCAAAUGAACAAAUGGGCCCCGAGCCUAAAGAACAUGUAAAUAAAGUAACGCUGAAAUACUAAAUGAAACCGAGCAAGAAUAAAAGGCUAGGAGAGGGA